CCUCUCCGCCGCCACCUGCUGCCCGCCCGCGCCCACGUCGCGCCCCGACAUGGCUGGCAAAGCACACAGGCUAAGUGCCGAGGAGAGGGACCAGCUGCUGCCAAACCUGAGAGCUGUGGGCUGGAACGAGCUGGAAGGCCGAGAUGCCAUCUUCAAGCAGUUCCAUUUCAAAGACUUCAGCAGGGCGUUUGGCUUCAUGACCAGAGUGGCCCUGCAGGCUGAGAAACUGGACCACCACCCUGAAUGGUUCAACGUGUACAACAAGGUGCACAUCACCCUGAGCACCCAUGAGUGUGCAGGCCUGUCGGAACGGGACAUAAACCUGGCCAGCUUCAUCGAACAAGUAGCAGUGUCCAUGACCUAGACCCUGCCUUUCCGCUUUGAAUCCUCAGGGAAAGGGGCGGCUGAGCUGGAAAUCCAGUGAGAGGAAGGGGAGCCCUCCAAUGUUACUGCAGUCAAAAUUGCCAUGUCCACCUGCUGCCUCCAUUUAGGGGUGCGUCCUUGCUGUGGAGAGAUGUCAGCACCUCUAUUAAAUGUAUACUAAUCUGAAUAAGAUACUCCCAUUCUUUCCACCUUCCCAGCAACAGUCAUGAUUUUCUUUCCAAGCUGUAUCUUGCUCCCUUUCUAAUUCAUUUCCCAAGAAGCUGUGUCUUAAGAUAGGCAAAAUCUUAUCUUAGAAACCAGAACCCUAGUGCCAACCCCCUAUGUGAAACACAUGUGCU